UGGUGAAUACAGGCAUUAACUACAGCUGCUGAUGAAUGAACAAGCAGUAGUAAGGUGUAAAACAUAGCAAAACGUAAAAUUGUGUGCUUUUUUGUCAAAAACCGCAACAAAACAAAUGCUAUAAGCUGAACAGAAGCUUCAAACGAUGGUGUAGCAGCAAAAUAAACAAUAAAAGCCCAUGUGGGAAUCAUUUGUGAAAGAAAUGGACAGUGUAUUAAACCGGUAAACGAUACGCGAAGGCCCAAAAAUCAGCCACAGCCACACACAAUGGAAGGCAAAGCAGUAGUAGGAGUAUGUUGAAUAAGUUUGUAGUAGUGUAGUUGUACGAAACAGCGUGCAAGCCGCAAUUGGAAAAAAUUUAAGAGGUGAAGAAGAAGCAGCAGCAGCACGAAGCAAAAACACAAAACAUACAAGUGCAAAAUAAUAAUAAUAAUCAUUUGCAGCAACAAACAAAAAUGUUUGAGCAAUUGCAUAAAUAAUUAGCAUUUAAGUUGUGCGGGAGACAAAGCGAGAUAAAACGCCGGGCAUGUUAAAGUUGCUAACCGAGCAGCAGCUGACGGAGCAAAAACAACAAAAAGGGAUAGGAGGAGGAGUGCGAGUGGAAGUGGGAGCAAAAGCUGGAACUGUAGGAGCAGUAGUCAGCUGCAUUUACCACCAGCAAUAAUAAUGUUGCUGGCGGCAGCGGGGCAAGCAGCGCCCUAUACCUACGACUCCAGCGCGACACGUAAAAUAAACACCAAUAACAAUAACAACAGCAACAACAAUAAUAAUGUUAACAAUGUCAGCGGCGGAGGCCCGAGCACACCCAGCACAGCAAAUGCAGUGGGAUCGGUGGCGAUUGCGGCACGUCCGACAACUGCCAGCAGCAUAGCCAGCACUGCGGCGUGUGCAAUCAUGAAAACGCUCUCCGUGCGCCUGCAUCGCGGCACCGAAUUCAUCAAGAAUACUGUGCAAAAAACUCUGGUCAUGUCAGCAGCAACGCCAGCGAUUGGACAACAAAUCCAGCCGCUGGACAAUAGCCAGAGCCUUAAACGCAAGCUAACUGGCGCCGGUGGCAUCAUGGGCUCUAGCUCUGGCAUUGGUUCAAAUUUAGCUACCGGGAGUCGACAGUUUGCAGUUAGCCAGCCAUAUGUUGAGCCCACAGCUGCAUUCCUGCGACAAUUUACUGUGGCGCCGACAGAACUUCAUCGGUCGGCGUCGGCACGCAAACGCAAUCCCAGCACUGAUAGCUUACUCAUGGACCUGUGUCUGUUCAAGCCCAUUCGGCCCAUGCCCAUAACGCCAAUCAAAAUCAACAAAGCUCGCGGCUUUGAACUGAAGCGACCCAAAUUUAUGCCGCCCGCCGCCAAUGUGUACAGUGAUGCCGAUGACGAUGAUGAUGAGGAGGAACUGGUUGAGGAACCGGAUAAGGAGCCGGAGAUUGCACACAAGCCAACGCUCAGCACACUAACAUUGCCACAACAUGUCACCGCAUCGGCUUUUGUGCCAUACGAAGCCGACAACAGUAGCGGUAGCACUCAAGCUCAUGCUCCUGCCCACAAGGACACCAAGGAAACCAGCAACACACACACCUCAGACUCAGGGGCUGCCGCAGCGACAGCGACAGGAACAGCCAAGCCAAAGGCAGCAGCUGCCACAAAGCGUCGACGUCGCGCACCUCUGUUAACAGUCAAGCGACGUCGCAAAACAUCGGCAGCCAAAGAUGCAGCACCACCUAUAGCUCCUGCUCCUGUACCGGCAACAAAGAGCACACCACAAACAACUGUUGUUGCUCCAAAGCGCAAGAGACGCAAUGCAGCUGGCAGCGCAACAGAACCAACAGCUGGGAACAGCACAACCAUAUCGCCAAUGCGUCAUUCACCGCCCAUGACACGCCAGCGUGCACGUCUACAGAUCUCCGCCAGCAGCAACUAAGCGCGCAACACUCAUCUAGGCACCCACACCCACACAUACACAACAUUUCUUCUCUGUUUCAGAUUCUUUUCAAGUUAAGUCAUUGGAACGCCCUCAAGGCGUUGGAAAUCCGAUGCCUCAGACUGCUGUAUCAUAGAUUCAACUACAAAUCCUAAGUCUUUGAAUUUAGUUAAUGUUUAAGUCCAAACGCGUUUCCAUUGUUUUCCUUGCGUUAAAGCAAAGUGAAGCAUCUAAAUCAUGUAUGCAUCAACGUUCUGAUUUAUGUUCUAUGUUUAAACUUUAACUCAUUGAAAUCAAUUUGUAAACAUUUGUAAUCCAAUGUCUGAUAUGUCCUCCUCUCUUAAAUGUUCCCAUUUCGACUUACUUGAUUUGAGUGUAUUGUAAUAAUAUUAACUGGUCUUUAAGACUGAUGAAUAACUAACCGAAUAUUAUAUAGAAAGAACUCAAUCCUUUAGAACUUAUGUUUAAAGUGAAUUCCCCCCGUAAAUAGAUCUUAAAAUCUAAGAAAAAAGUAUUAAAAAUCUAAAAAAAAAAAAGAAAAUAUGUAAAAACGAAAUCAAUACAAAUCGUAAUGUAUAAGCCAUUCCUGAUAUGAUAUUUUCAUUAAUAUUAUGUAUAUUUAGUUUUUUAAGGCAAGUUUUAAGUCAUUUUACCAUCUCUUGAAAAUGUUUUAUUCAUUUUGUAUAAUGUUUAAUGUAUUCAAACUGCCUUUGAGGCAAAAAAAAGCAGAUAAUGCAGAAAAGCGCCACAACUAAUAUAAUUUUCCUACUUUAAUUAAGUUUGUUAGAAUUUAUAGCUUAGAAAACAAAAAAACAUUUGUAAUUCAUUCAUUUAAAAAUAAUAAUAUUAAUAGUAAAAACAAAUCUAUAUACAACAAAAAACAAUUAAACUACAUAUAUAUACUCUAUAUUUAAACACGAUGAUUAUAAUGCAAGCCGGUCAAAUCAACUGUGUGUUGUGAUAUGAAUUAAUUUAUAAACAAACAAAAAAAAACUAUGACUUAAACUUAACUGAAAUGACAGCAAAAUUUGUUUGCUUUUAAUGCCACAGUGCAAUCUGUAAUAUGAUAAAUCUCUACCGAUCAAUCAAUAUUUAUGAUAAUAGUUCUAAGCAUAUUGAGAUCAACCAACGAAUUGGAAAAAACAAGAAAUACCUACAAAUUGGUGUAUUACCAUUAGGCUUACUACCGUUUCAAGCGAUUCCAAAAAAAUCUAUGGAUAAUACACACACACAUAAAAGAGCUAAAAUACUUAAACACACAGCGAGUUGUAUGCGUCAAUAAAAUCGUCAACAAAUAUAAA